GCCUCGUGUAUAAGAAGUCAGACACGCAACUUUCAAGUACCGGACACAAGCCCACAGACGAAAACAUGGCGAAAGGUGCACUCAAAGAUUACUUGAAAGGCUUGCCUGGGCACAAGAUCUUGAGGCAGGUGGCGCGGUUGAACCUCGUGGCAGGCGACCAGAAGACGGCGUUCAAAUUCCCUUCGGACGUCAAAAAAAUCGAGAUCAUGAUCAUGUUAAAAAUCGCUCAGCGGCGCUCGAUCGGCUUGAACCAUUUCUGGAAGUGGAACUUGCCCACGUUGAAAUUCCACAACGAGAACAUUGAUUUCGUUGUCACUCGCAUCCAGCCCGAGACCGACGAAGAUUACCCCAAGAUCCCGUCUGCGAUUUUCGUCCACAAGGCCGGGGACAAGAUGACCAGAGUCGAGUGCAACGGCAAGACCCACGAGUGGAUCCUCAAGAACCUCGUGAGCGCGACCGGGGCCACGCGUGUGCCAGUAGAGGACAUCCCCCACAUCCCGCUCCCCAAGGUGAGGUUGCAAUGAGUCUGGCGACCGCUUGUACAUAGUCUUCUCGGGUGUCGCGGAGAGUUUUUAUAGUCGUAUAAAGAAUGCAUAUGAGAGGCUGCGGCGGCCGCCGCGGCGUCUUGUUUGAUCUAUGAUGCCAAGAA